CUUGGACACCGAAAGAUAACAAGCCCUCCUCCUCUCCUCGUCUCCUCGGACACCGACAACAGUGAAAGUCAAGUCGAGCUGAUUGUUGUUCCUGAACAUGUCUCCAUCGAGGUCUGUGGAGACUCCUCUCUCCAGUGGGCAGUCUGUGUCUGGUCAGUCUACUCCUCUGUCCAUCUCCUUCUCUGGAUCGGGGUUCCUGGCUACGUACCAGUUGGGUGUGGCCCAGAGCAUGCGGGACCGGUCCCCCAGUGUGCUGCAGACGGCCCCUAAGGUCAUGGGGGCCUCAGCCGGGUCUCUGGUGGCUGCUGCCGUAGUCUGUGGCUCCAGUCUGGACAUGGUGCGUGAUGAGAUGCUGAGGUUUGCGCGGCAGAUGAGGGGCCGUGUCCUGGGGCCCCUGCACCCUGCGGGGAACGUGUCUGUGUGGAUAGAACGAAUGCUGCGCCUCUUGCUACCGGCCGACGCCCACAUCAGGGCCAGCGGACGCCUGGCCAUCGCCAUGACACGCAUCCCAGAUGGACAGAACAUCAUGGUGUCAAAGUUCACGACCCGAGAAGACGUGGUGCAGGCGCUGUUGUGCGGUUGCUUUCUGCCUGGGUACUGUGGUAUACAGCCACCAAGAUACAAAGGAGUGCAUUACGUGGACGGUGGUUUCUCCAGUAUCCAGCCGACCAACUCCUGCCCAAUUGGCCACACCCUCACUGUGUCUCCAUUCGCUGGUGAGACGGACAUCUGCCCAAAGGACCCCGCCCCACUGUGUGACAUCGUGGUGAGCGGAGCGCACCUCCACUGCAGCCUUGUCAACGGUUACCGGAUGCUACACGCCAUAUACCCCUACGACUGGGAGGCCCUGGACAAGGCCUACCACAGUGGAUACAAGGACGGCCUUCACUUCCUGCAAACCAGUGACCUGGUCCCAUGUCUGCCUCUUCUUAACACCCCACCAGAGCCUCACUUCUCACCUCCUCCUGAUGGAUGGACAGAUCUGGAGACAAACCUGGAGGAGGAGGAGGAGGAUCAGAUAGAGAGGAGGCAGAUGAAGAGAUGGGAGCAAAAGGAGGAUGAUGAUGAAGAGGAGGAGGAGGAAGAAGAAUGGGUGGAUGAGGUGAAUGUGUGGUCCUCCCAGACAGAGACCAGAGGCAGUCAGAGAAACUGUUAUCUUGAAGGGGGAGAUCUACCUUGGCAUCUGGCAAGCCUGGAGCAGGCCAUUUACCUAGCCCUGCCCACCUGGAUAAACACAGCGUUGCUAUGCAACGUCAUGGAGUUGCUGUGGACUCAUCCCCUACUCCGUGUGAUGUCAUACCUGCUCCUCCCCUUCACCGCGCUACUCAGCUUCCUGAUUGAAAAUACACACAGGAUGGGAGUUUUAGGGUUCUGGCUGUGGCAGGAUCUACGCCAGAUCACCUUCUAUUUCAUGGACAUCCUGGUCUCCAGCCUCCGCCGAAACCUACAGAACAGACUCCAACACAAUGUUACUUCGCUUGGAUCUGGAUCAAGAGAAGGAGGCGGAGACGGACCCCACCAUCCCUCUCUAUCCUGGGCUGAAAGAGGGGAGGAUGAAGAAAGAGAGACCCUGGUUGACCCCCCCCGGCACCCCAUCCUAAUAAAACAGACCUUGGUUGACCCCCCUAGCCCCCCAUCCUAA